AUGUUAGAAAAAAAGUUUGCUGACAUUGACAAAAAAUUUGAGAAUGUUUUAAAUAAGAACAAGAGGAAGUUAGAAAAUGCUCAGAUAAAACCUAUACAUGACAAGUUCUUAUUUGCUCAGAAUGGUAUAACAGGUCUAAUUGCACCACCUGGGUCGGGUAAGACUUUCACUUAUCUUAAAAUGGCUGCACAACAACAAGAACUAGAUGAGAAGAACCCAUUCUAUGAGUUAGUUGUUAUUUGUUCGACUUCUGGUCAAUUUGACCAAACCGUCAAUUCGUUCAAAGAUAUUAUAAAGAAGUCUAAGUUAGUAUGUAUAAAAGACUCUGAGUUGUUAGAUUGGAUAAAGAAGUACCAAAGAAGAGUUUUGAAGUAUAAUGCUAUAAAUGAGUAUAUAAAUUCUAAGUUCAAAGACCCUAAUGAGGAAAUGCAGAGAAUAUUAGAGAAGAAACACUUCAGAAACAAACAGAAAGAGAUAGAAUACAUUUCGAAGAAAUUGCAAUCUUACGAUUGGAAGACUUACCCUCACAGAUGUCUUCUUAUCUUAGAUGACUUUGCUUCUCAUCCUUUGUUAAAGAAUAG